AAAAAAACAAAAGCGAAGUGCUAUUAGCAAUAAACCUCAAGAAAAAGCUCCCACACUUUUCAGAUAAGAAAAUACUUCCAAAUAUAUGUUGGGUUAACAAUGGCUUAAUGCUCAUCCCUCUACACGUUGCUGCCUGUGAGCACAGUGGAUUUUAAUGUGACCUCAAAGCGAGACUUUUCCGAAAGAUAAAUGCAUGGAUCAUCAAAGGGAAGCUAUGACACUCUCGAGCACAGCUUCUUACUACGUGCCGGAGCCCACACUAUCCAAUUCCACUGUGCAUUUCCAGUCGAACACUGGGCCCAGCUUAAACGUACCACCAUCAAUGCCCUCUGCUCAUGGAAGAGUUGAAGUGGGCCCACCAACUAUGCAGCAAGCCCAGCCCGUUCGGAGAAAACGAGGAAGGCCUCGUAAAUAUGGACAUGAUAGUACAGUUUCUUUAGGACUGUGCCCUUCUGUGUCUAAUGCUGCACAGAAUGUAAGGCCGACUCAAAAGUCGAGGGGAAGGCCGCCUGGUUCUAGUUGUAAGCUUCAGUUAGCUUCAACAACAGGUGGAUCGAUGUUUAAUGCAACUGGAACAAUGACUCCAUAUAUCAUCAAUGUUGCAGUUGGAGAAGAUAUCAAAGUAAAGGUACUGUCACUUUUACAAGAUCGACGAGCCAUAGUUGUGUUGUCGGGCGUCGGUUAUAUUGCAGCUGCCAACAUUAAAAUUCCGAGCUCCAAUGGGAGUGUGACCUAUGAGGGGCACUUUGAUAUGGUGAAUCUUUCUGGUUCUUUUAUCAAUGAGGCUGACGAGCCUCAGGGCUCGACAGGUGGUCUGACUGUUACUUUCAUGGGUCCCGAUGGCCGUCUUAUUGGUGGACCUGUUGAGGGAAUUCUCAUUGCUGCUAGUCCUGUUCAGGUGAUUAUUGGAAUUAUAAUGCCUUCCACUCCAAAGCCGAAAUACAAGGCUGUGGAGAAUCGAGACACGUCGGGUGAUCAAGACCGUACACUUGGCAACUCGACAGAUCAAGCUAACAUCCAGCCUAGUCAGAGUCUCUCCACAAUGGGCAUUUGGCAGAGCUCAAGAUAAUCGCACGCGCAAAAGUAUUUUGACCUUUGACUGAUGCUCGGUUUUCAUGACUUCCGGUCGUGGCCGGAGCAGACCACAGUAGACGAUAUUUGUUCAUUAUCGCGAAAAAAACGAGCAUUUUGGCCUCAUGUCUUUGUUUUNNNUCUCUUU